UCUCGCUCGUGGCCUGGCAGAACCGUCGCGGGAGGAUGUGAGGGUAGAGUCAGUGGGGAAGGCAAGCCAUGGAGCUCCUGAUUGUAAAGUCGAGCUGAUCGGUUGUCGGCCGCGCGGUCCGACGGAAAUCCACAUGGGACGCUUUCCCCGCGGAGGCAAGCGACGACCCCGCGAUUUAACCAUCCGUCCCUGUUCCCCCUCGACUCUUCCUCUCCCCCGCUCGCGUCCGCUGAAGCGAAAACACGACCGCAGUCUGCACUGUUGGCGUUGUUUGCAACUGUCUCUGAUCGGCCUCUCGUCCUGAGAACCAGCACUUGCUCCAUCAAGCAUGUCCCGAGAUCUUCCGACCGCCGCUGCCGACAUGGGUGUGUCCGCGCACCUGCUGGCCGUACCAGAGACAGAGUUGAAGCGUUGGAGGCGCAUAUUCGACGCUCACGCAAAGACGGUCGAUGGCGUCAAGUAUUUGGACACGGAAAGCUUCGUGAAGGCCAUUGCACCUCAGGGAGAUCUUGCGGGGACGAAGCUCGGGAGUGCACAGUAUGCACUUCUAUUUCGCGUAGCGGAUUCGAACCGGCGCGGCCUUGUAUCAUGGGAGGACUUCACGGUGUUCGAGACCUUGCUGAAGCGACCUGAUGCGGACUACUGGAUUGCCUUCCAAUACUUUGACGUCGACCAGUCCGGUACCAUCUCCUUCGACGAGUUCAAGAACGUCUUCAGCGCGAACAUUGGACGUGACGCGAUACCCUUCGAUUUCAAUUCGGACUGGGUCAGGCUUUACCUUGGCAAGCGCAACAACCAGCACGUCCUUGGAUACGAUGAAUUCUCGCAGUUGAUGAAGGGUCUCCAGAAAGAGCGUGUGCGGCAAGCGUUCCGCUACCUCGACUCGGACCAGGAUGGGUUCAUCAGCCCAGAAGAGUUCAAGAAAAUCAUCCUGGAAGUAUCAGGUCAUAAAUUAUCGGAUUCGGUCAUAGAACGUUUGCCUACUCUCUGCACGUUGACUCCCGGUCAGCGAGUAUCAUACGCUCAGGUCGUCGCAUUCCACAACGUCAUUCGGGAGAUGGACAUGGUAGAAAGGAUCAUUCGGGAAUCGACACAGGAGAGUAAGGAUGGCCGGAUAUCCCAGUCCGACUUCCUCGACUACGCGGCAAGACACUCGCGCUAUUCACUCUUUACGCCCAUGGAAGCAUCUAUCAUCUUCCACUUUGCGAGCCGGGGCAACCAGGACUCGCGGCUCGCGCUUUUGGAUUUCGCACAGCUUCUUGAUCCAAGGUGGACUCCGCCACAUGAGCCGCAGCAUGACGAGAAACGGAGCAAAGUCCAGACGAUCUUGCACGAUACUCUCCACUCCGCCUAUAACUUCGUCCUCGGGGGUAUUGCGGGAGGCUUCGGUGCAACUAUUGUGUAUCCUAUAGAUUUGGGUAAAAUGCAGAACCAACGGACGACUGUUGUCGGCCAGAUACUCUACAACAACAGUAUAGAUUGCGUCAAGAAAAUUCUGAAGAACGAGGGUUUCCUUGGCUUUUACCGUGGUCUUGCACCUCAGCUUGUUGGAGUUGCGCCGGAGAAAGCGAUCAAGCUCACCGUGAACGAUCUCGUUCGCGGCAAGGCUAUGGAUCCUGAGACUGGCCGUAUCAAGCUUGGUUGGGAGCUUGUCGCCGGUGGUAUGGCCGGUGGAUGCCAGGUCGUCUUCACGAACCCCUUGGAAAUUGUCAAGAUUCGCCUACAGAUACAGGGCGAGCAUGCCAAGGUCCACGGCGCUACACCGAAGGGUGCUGGGCUGAUCAUCCGCGAACUUGGUCUGCUCGGCUUGUACAAAGGCGCGAGCGCAUGCCUACUGCGCGACAUUCCGUUCUCGGCUAUCUACUUCCCUGCGUACGCCCAUUUGAAGAAGGACGUCUUCCACGAGGGCUACAACGGCAAGCAGCUAUCCUUCCUGGAAACCUUGUCAGCGGCGGCUAUCGCCGGUAUGCCUGCGGCCUACUUCACGACACCGGCCGACGUCGUUAAGACCCGUCUGCAGGCUGAGGCUAAGAAGGGUGACACUCAUUACAAGGGCAUGAAGGACGCCUUCUCCAAGAUCUAUAAGGAGGAGGGAUUCCGAGCCUUCUUCAAGGGUGGUCCCGCUCGUGUCCUCCGCAGUAGCCCUCAAUUCGGCUUCACGUUGCUGGGUGCGUCACACCUACCCUACGAGACCCUUGGCAAACACUUCCCGGUACGCUUCGCUGAACUUAUGCUAUCGUCUUCAUACUCACGCUAUGAACAGUACCCUUGGGCAAACAAGCCGGCGACGGUGGAGACGGCGCUCACGUCGCAUGGCCUCGACGACAUGUCCCAGAUUCGCGCCAGGUCCGCUCUUAGGAUUCUCUUGGAUGUACAUGGAGAUUUCGGGCGCAAAGCGUCGGGCUCUGGUUCGGCAUAGGUGCUACAUACCACCCUUGAUGCGGCGCCGCGGGAGAGGAUCGUACUUGUAUACGCAACAUGUAUGGCUCUGUUCUCAUAGGCAGAGUAUUCCCGUUGCGCGUGUUGUUUUAUAUACCAAUGCUCAUAGGCGUUUCGCGGACUACGACGGCCCAUUCGUUACAAAAAUACAGAUGUUCGGCAAGC